AUCACCGUGGAUGGUGGAGCUUUUUAACCGCGCCCUCGAAGUGACUAAGGUUGUGUUCGGUGGAAAGCUAGACUUUGCCUCUGUGGAUGAAUGCUUUGGCGCUAGAAGUGUGGAAAGUGUGCUCUCGGUAUGGAACUGUAAACAAAAUUUCUGGGGAAAGUUAGCCGGGAAACCGGACGUUGUUUGAUGCUCUGGUAUUUCGGCAUUGACAGCUAUCAGAGUCGCUUGUUUCGACUUGCUUAAAGAGCUGUUCUUCGAGUGGUGAGACGGAAGUUGAAUUCAACGGUUACGUUUUCUGCUUUUACGCCUAAGGCUACAAAAUGCCUGAUCUUAUUUAAUGAAAUUGUAACUUUACAGUAGCGAAAAUCGAGUGUGGCAUAAAUCAAAAUAAAUUUGAAUAUGUCAGCGAAUAUCUAGAAGGUGUUAUUAUAUACAGUCUCUAAUAAUGCAGACGGAUGGCAUAAUUUCUAUACACUAGCACUGAAUAUUUGCUUUCAUAUAAAUUCGACUCAUGAAGAAAGAGAGAGAUAUUUAAAUACACAAGCGUUCGUUGUUAGAGUUAUGAAGUGAUAAAAAUCGUCCUGAUGUGAAAUGAAGUAUGCCGCUUUAUAAUAGUUUCAGGCAAAUAUCUGCAUGACAGCCAUAACUUGGCAUGAUUAUAGUGCAUACAGAAACGCCCGGAACGUAUCUUCUCGUGACUUUACCACCGAACGGCAUUUAUUAAAAGGGACUAUACUCCGUGUGAGCAAUGGAAUUCACGCCUCGUCGAUGCUAAGUGUUGAAACUAAAAGCUUGUCAAGAGGCACCGCAUUAUUGUCUUCAGUGUGAGUGAAGUGGCAAUAAGAGUGGGAGUAUGGAAUCAAAAAGAAAAGCAAAAGUAUAAUUACGAAGUGAAACUGAAUACUUGAAAAAAAGAAUACUCUCAGCUGAAUUCGUGCACCGACCUGUGAAAGUUAAUGGAACCGGGCCGUUUACAAACAAUAGUUCAUAAGCUACAAACGAACGGAAAAUAAAGGAACAAUCCACAUAAAACGGUUACUUCCGUUCGAGUCAGUACACUUUUCGCGGUUACUUAUUUGUCCCCAGCAAACCAUAAUCCGUAAGUGGGCUGUAUGUGUUGUUACGUUUCGGUUCUAGCCUCUCGAGGGGAGUGGAUUCAUUGCAAUCGACCGAAGCCGCUUGUGUAUGGUUCGUUGUUGUCCUCUUCGUCUUUCUGCCAGCGACCGUGACCCAGACCAUCAACAAGGAUUACGCGCGGUAAUGCAGUGGACCGUGUCUUUCGAGAUUUUAUGAGCACAUUUUCGGAUUUCUAAACGAAAGACGCAUAAGAGCCGCACUAAAACACCACAACGACAGCGAAAGCAGAGCUUUCUGUGUCAUCUAUCCGCAGUCGUACCGAGAAGACUGCGGUACUGUGGCUGCAACACGAUAGCAUUCCUGGGAAAAGGAUCGAAAUACCACUACCAUCGCUGCUGGGUAUUAUUCCAUCGCUGCAUCGUUCUGCGGACAAAAGUCGUUGCAUUAGAGAGAAAAAAAAACAAGUGAACCAGAGACCAAAACAACCAUUUUUUCCCCACAACCAGGCGGUAUAAACAACCGAAGAGCAGCAGGAGCCACGCUGUUAGUGCCUGCAGCGCAAUGAAGGGUACUAAUUUCAGAGAGUGGUACUCCCCGCAGGAAACUUGGAAUUCGAGCUAGCAGAAAAACACCAUAAACCGCUCACCUCGCAACGACAACAUCGGUCCUGCACAUGUUCACAGGAUUACCCACGCCGGCCUUUCGAGGACCAAAGCAUAGUUGGACAAGCUAGCAUGGGGCACACUAUCACUGCGGAAAGGAAGUGAGAGGGGCUAACAACGGAAUCAAAGUUAGUUUAGUUCUACGGUUUCUGGUCGGUUCCCUCGGGGAAAAGCCAAAAGCAAACUCGUCGAAAAAUAUGGUUCUACGCGGAAACAUACCAGCGUUAUAUAAUAGUCAAAAAGUGGUUCUACAAAUAACCUUUUUUCUUAGUCACUAUCUGCACCGGGCGAGAGAUGAUACGCGCGACAUGAUGGCUCGAUGAAUUUUUAGGAGCGUGGGUGGAAUUAAGAUUAAAAAUAUGCGAAAAAGUGUUUUCAAAAAACAGGAACACCUAUUGGAAUGAUUUGUGAGUUAUAGCAAGAAGCGUGUAAUUGUGAUGCAAAUUGCUCAGAGUGUACGCGAUUGAUCACAACCAAAAAUGUCCGACAUCAACCGUAACACCCAGGCUUCUUACCUGAAGCACAACGGAAAAAUCGAAUCAGGUUCGAACGCGUCGAGUACGCUGAAACGCAACAAUAGCUAUCAUCAGCGAUUGAAAAAAUCCUACAGCGAGUGUGAAUACGCAACUAGCAACAACAAUGGUCAGCAAUCAGCAACGGCCAGAGCUAGCGCCGAGCCGGCGAAAUGGAAAUCCUCCACACCGGAGCCCCCUCAGCUAGGCUCGAAACCGACAGCCGCUGUGAAACCAGGCGCUUCCAUUGCCACCUCGGGCGAUGAUUUUAAACGUUUUCACAUGCUCCGUAACAGUUACGGUGGUAAAUCCAAUCUAAAUGUAAAUAACCUCAACGAGUCCUCAAUAAAAGCACAAGUUUUGCUUCAUCAGCAACGGCUCAAAGAGUACAGCCGACACGCAGCGGAGCAAAACAACGAUAGCCACUCGACCUGUUCCUCCUCGCAGUCGGACUACCAGCCCCCGCAGCAUUUCCACAAACACCACCAUCGAUACCAUCACCAGCAUCCUCAUCCACAUCUCCGAGCUCAACAGCAGCAUCCGGCAUUAUCGGCAACGGUGGCCGCAACAGCUACGCUAACCCGACCCGGGAAUAAUGGUAGCUUCUCGAUCUUGAAAAACAAGGACGCAAACGGUGCCGGUGCGAGUGCGAAGAACUCGCUCAAGCGUACUAGCGGCGGAUUAAGCACCCUGUCAUUGUGCAGCUGUGAUGCCGAUACAGAGAUAAUACCGAAUCCAUUAAGGCCAUUAUAUCAGUACAGCCUGGAUCGGAAAAAUCCCCGACAGCACACCUACACGUGCGAACAGAACGCUCAGAUUCUGCUGCGGCUCGAAAAGGAUCGGCAGCGAAAGUACGGUUCCUCUGGAAAGCUGAACUACACCUCAUCCACCAAUGACUUAACAACACUGCUGCCAUCAUCAAAUGGAUUGCAAAAAUCGAGCACGACGUUGUCCAUACCGGCGACGGUGGCGACACAGGCCAGCAAUCCUGCCGGACCUACGUCCACGAUUGCGGUAGGAUUGCAAGCCGGAAGUGGCAACAACGAGAGCAACUCUUCGUACGACUAUUCCGGAGUUUAUCCGUCGGAGAACAACUAUCAUAUCGAGAACGAACCGUUUGUGGAGGAUAUGAUACCGCCACCGCCACCACCGUUAAAUCGACGGCCAUCCUACGGCUACAGUUGCAUCCCACAACCGCUGGCUAAUGAAUCCGGCAGUGGAAUCGGCGGACAUCAGCAACAGCAGCAGCAGCAGCAGCAGCCACCACUACUAGGAAGCCUGGCGAAUGAUCUGACUACCACGGUUGCCGGCAACAAUGGCAUCAUUAAUAAUUAUCCUUCAAAUCAGCCGGACUUGUUUAAUUUCGCAUCAAGCAAUGUCGGAAACAACGGUAGCCAGGUCGGUUCGCAGAACCAACAUCCGGCAAACGCUUGCUGCAAUGGAGGCCAUGGCUCGACGCUCAAAUCGACGUUGAAAAAUAAAUCAUCGGCCCGCACACUAACCGCUAAUGCUGAAGCGGCAGCAAACGCCGGUAGCGAUACGGGCAAAGUCAAGGCGAAGCUGAAAAAGAGUGGCUCAAACUUUGACAUUAUGAAUAAUGAAGCAUUCAACGAUGCCCUCAAUACGGAACCCGGCUUAGUCGGGGGUGGAAACGGUAUAAUUCCUGGGAAACAAUUUCCACCGUACUACUUCGAUGAUAACUAUCUAAAUCACGGCCUACAUCAGCACUUCUACUACCAGAAUCCAGACGGCAGCUUUCCCGUUAGUAGUAUAAAGAAUGACACCGAGGGUCAACUGUACCUGUUUCAUCACGAGCCGGCGUCCUACAUCGGGAACUAUGACACACUGAACCUCCCGUCCAAGUACAAUACCAUCGGUCCGGGUGGAGGAACCGCAGGUGGUGGCCACCUGGUUGGUGGCGACUAUAUCGAAAACAGCAGAUAUCAUCACGCCAGCUCGUGCAACCUAAAUCAGUUUAGUACGGCGAAGAGUAAUCUCAUUAGCAGCCAUCAGCAUCACUUCUCGAACUCGAUCAGUAAUUUUAACUUCAACCCGUCGCAGUACUUCGGAACCGGCCUAGAACCACCACCGGGGGCCACCAUCAUCGGCGGUCCCGGUGGGCUCGGCUUGAUGGGAGGCGACGGCUUCACCUCGACCAUCAGCCUCAACGGGGGUACGCCAAACAAGCAGCAGCACGCUUGGAAGCACCGGCAGUGUCCCAGCCGAGGGUCCAGCAGCACCGGAUCCGGAUCGUCAAAAUGGGAUCUUCCAUCGCGCCAGUGGCUAGCUGUUACAUCGAUCCUACUGAUAGCCGGUGCCGCUGGAGUGGCCGUUCCAUUUGCCUUAAAGGUCUCAGUCGGAGCUCCGUUCGAGGAACGGAUCCAGGUCGCCACCCAGCUGCUCGAUACAGUGCCUUUAAUCGACGGUCACAACGAUCUGCCGUGGAACAUUAGGAAGUUCUUACAUAAUCAACUCAAUGAGUUUCGGUUCGAUGACGACUUAAAGCAGGUAUCACCCUGGUCGAAGAGUGCUUGGAGCCAUACAGAUUUGCAAAGACUGAAACGAGGCCGAAUAGCCGCCCAGUUCUGGGCUGCGUACGUACCCUGCGAGGCCCAGCACAAGGACGCGGUGCAGAUCACGCUGGAGCAAAUUGAUGUAAUUAGAAGACUGACGGAACGUUACUCACCGCAUCUGACAGCAUGCACAUCGGUUCACGACAUUGUAGAAGCGCACAAAAACCAUCAAAUGUGUUCACUAAUUGGAGUCGAAGGAGGCCACUCGCUCGGUGGAUCACUGGGGGUCCUGCGGAUUUACUAUGCACUGGGCGUCCGCUAUAUGACGCUAACAUCCACUUGUCACACUCCGUGGGCGGACUCUAGCAACGCGGACGCCCCCAAGUACGAUGUCAGGCACGGCGGUCUAACGACGUACGGCAAGACCGUCAUCCGGGAGAUGAAUCGCCUCGGCAUGAUAGUGGAUCUAUCGAAAUCGUCCGUCGCCACAAUGAAGGACGUGCUGGCGACCUCACAAGCGCCGGUCAUAUUCUCGCACUCGUCAGCCUAUGCCCUGUGCAACUCGAGCCGGAACGUGCAGGAUUCAGUGCUGGAGCUGGUGACGAAGAACCGCGGCUUGGUGAUGGUCAACUUCUACAAUAAAUUUCUCAGCUGCAGCGAAAACGCCUCGGUCCAGGACGCUGUCGCGCACAUAAAUCAUAUCAGACAGAUUGCCGGGAUCGAUCACGUGGGACUCGGAGCCGGAUACGAUGGCAUUAAUUUCACACCGCAAGGGUUGGAGGACGUGAGCAGUUAUCCGAGACUCUUUGCCGAACUGCUCGGCGAUGGCUGGACGGCGGAUGAGCUGGAAAAGGUGGCCGGUCGAAAUCUGCUCCGAGUUCUGGAGGAAGUGGAAAAAGUUCGUGAGAAUCAGCGACUAUCCGGUGUCCGACCGUACGAGGACAUUCCGGUGGCGCUGCGGGCCGACGAACAUUUCAAUUGUACUACCAGCAGUUAAUGAACCGUAGCAGUAGCCGUAGUGUCCCCUCUGCAGUAAACGUUCCUCAAGCGUAACUGUGACUGAACUGAUUUACCGACACGAGCCCGGGAAUGUAGCGCAGACAACCCCCGAAAAAGGCUGCCGCUCCUGGCUCUACUCUAAUAGUAAAUAUGGAAGCAUCGUUUGGGUCGCGUAGCUGAUUUUACCCUGUGGCUUCACCCGCGAGAUUUCCUCCGAAGCGUCAACGCAGCGCAUGUUGACUAGACAAACAUAUCAGGCAUGCGACACAGCAUCGAACAUGCGACUUUCAAAUCCGAAAAAAAAAAACGAGAGAACAGCUUUGUGCGCGCGAUUGUACGAGUGAAUGUAGAGUUCUUCGAAAAGAACGAUAUUUAAAUUAGCGACCGCAGAGUAACUAGUGUGAAUACAUAGCAAUUGACGAGAAAAAAAAAAUAAAUAAAUGUUUUAUGCGUGCCAAAAAAAAACCGAGAGUAGAUUAAAGAAAAAAAAGUCAAAGAAAACUAUACCUAGCGAUCCGUUAAUGUCUGUUGUUCAAAGAAUUCCGUGAUGAUGACUAUAAAAACUUGCGCAGCGCAUUUCGAGUAAUUCACGGAACAUUUCGAAAGAGUAAUCGUAAUGAACACUAAGACAGUGCUGUUAGGAGAUCUCGAACCUGUGACUCUAGAUUAGUUUGAUAGAAAUUACUACAUUUAUAGCUCAAAUUUUGAUCGAAUUGACUGUUGAAUAGCAAAAUUUUGGCAACAAAUAUGUUUACCGAAUCGGUAAGAAACGAAGAGGAAGGAUUAGAUUUUUAAUAAAAUAUAUUCAAUAUUCCAAUAAAGUAUUUACGGACCAUAGACUUAUAAUCUUUAAAUCCACUCAAAUGUUACGUUUAGUUAAAUUUUGUACUAGUAGUUUAUUUGUAAUCGAUAAUGCGUUAUUAAAGAAAUAAAUUAUCGGGAAAUAUCAA